ACACAGUCCACACAUGGCUCCGCGACCGAGCGACACCUCUCCUCGGGCUCAGCGUUGAACUCCGUCCCGUAAACUUCGGGCUUUUUACCGCGGAGAAGCAGGAACCCUCCCGGAACCGGAGCGGACCGGACCGACCUCCGGGACGGCCGCCGCCCGGCGGUUUGAACUUCUUUACGGACUCCUCACAUGCGAUGAAAGACAUGGAUAUUUUUAAUGGCAACUCCGAGGAGCCAACACCCAUCUCCGGGACCCUGCCCCACUUCGCUCAGCCAAGCCCCUCAGACUUCCAUCUGAUUUGUGAAAUUAUUGCUGAAGAUAAUCAGCACUUCGGCGCCUCCCUCCCCGGGCCUCCUCUUCCCCCUGCGGACCUCCUCUGCCACGCGCCGCUCACACAAAACCACAGGAGCCUCCGACAGAGUUCCCCGUCCACCUCCAAACCCGUGCUGGUGGCCCGAGGCACCGCCUGUGAGCCGAACUUCCCCGGGAUGCGGCGGGCGGCGUGCGCCGCGAGGCAGAUGGCGUCGGCUCAAUCCUCCAGAGGAGCCUCCUCCUCCUCCUCCUCCUCCUGCGCCGGUCCCUCGCUGCGUGGCCGCGGAUCUCCCUGUCUGAUGUCCUCGAAGCUCCCCGGCUGCGUCCCGUCCGACAGCCUGAGCGACAGCGACGUGCUGGACCGCGUGCUGGAGAAGCCGCGGCUGGUGGUGGUGGAGGAGCCCAAAGACAGGGGCAUGAGGUUCCGCUACGAGUGCGAGGGCCGCUCGGCCGGCAGCAUCCUGGGAGCCACCAGCACCGACUCCAGCAAGACCCAGCCUGCCAUCGAGAUCCAGGGCUCCAUCGAGCACAUCAAGAAGGUCACGGUCACCGUCUCCCUGGUGACCAAAGACCUCCCGCACCGGCCGCACCCGCACUGCCUUGUGGGUAAAGACUGUCCGGCUGAAUCGGGGAUCUGCGUGGUCUCAUUCAACCCAAACAGCAGCCGACGUCACAGCUUUGCUAACCUCGGUAUUCAGUGUGUGAAGAGGAAAGAUCUGGACCUCUCGCUACAGAAGAGGAGAAGCCAAAACAUCGACCCCUUUCAGACCGGCCACACGAAGGGGAUCGAGGACAUCGACAUGAAUGCGGUGCGCCUGUGUUUCCAGUGCGAACUGGAGUGGGACGACGGCAGAAGCGACUCUCUGAGCCCCGUGGUGUCAAAACCCAUCUAUGACAAGAAGGCCACGACAACGUCGCAGCUGAAGAUCAGCCUCCUGAACCAGUACAGCGGCUCCUGCCAUGGGAGGACAGAGGUUUUCAUGCUGUGUGACAAAGUGCAGAAAGAUGACAUAGAAAUCCUCUUCAGGCACGGCUCAUGGAAGGCAAACGGGGAGUUUUCUCAGACGGACGUGCACCGACAGAUCGCCAUCGUCUUCAAGACGCCGCCGUACCAGGACCAGGACAUCUCGGAGGGGGUGGAGGUCAGUGUGGUGCUGCGGCGCAUCUCGGACCAGAUGGAGAGCGAGCCUGUCAAGUUCACGUACCUGCCGCAGAACAUCGAUCCGUAUGAGGUGAAGAGGAAGAGGGCUACCAUAAAGUCAGACAUCAGCUUCAAGGACAAGCCCUGCGUCGUAGAGGAGAGGCUGCAGCCCCCGCUGCCCGCUGCUCCCGCCGUGGAGGAGAUGAAUUACUGUGAAGCCCAGGACGCAAACGGCGACGACGAGCUGGCGCUCCUCAGGCUGAUGGAGUUACCAGAGUUUUGGGACUCGUCUCCGAAUCCUGUGAACCCGUCGUCCGUGUUGGCGCCGUUCGGCUUCAACCAGCCACCCGACGCCGGCUCUGCCUUCCCCGCCCCCAAUAUGAACCUCAACCAGAACUUCAAUUCAUUCGCGCCGGACUUUUCCCAUUACCUUGACGUGGAUUUCAACAUGCUGCAAAACGCGAUUCAGUAUCUGCAGGACACCGAAGGACAGCAGCUGGAGGACAGCAUGCUGCAGGUGAAGAUGGAAGAGGAGCAAUGACGGGACCGCUGGCAUCGUGUCGGCCAGCCUGCCCUUUCUCACCUCCCUUUGUUUUGUAAACACUUUGUGAUGCCUCUGCCGCGCACGGCGCAUAUGAAGCAGCUAAGAGUCGCCUAGCUGGGGGCCGAGUGUCCACUCAGCAUUAUCCUUCUAGCACAAAUGAAACACUUGUGUCGCCCACCCGCCUCCAAAAAAAAUGCUGCCCCUGCAUUUUGCAUUCAGUGGGUUCACGUUGUCACAUAAAAGCUUAAAUCAUGCUUCAGCUCCAGACCGAAAGUGUCGCACGAGGCCCUUCUUUAACAUUCCUAAUGGUUUGAGCGUUGUCAGUGGUCAGAAGUCCCAAAUGAAGGACCGUCCGGUUUGUCUGUGUGACCCGAGGACAACACUCCUCUGGUUUGUUCUGAAUGUCCUGAGUUACGUAAGCCCUCAGGUCAGGUCGGCCGGGCGAGAGGAGAAGCGGUGGAAAAGUCUCAUACGCAGCAGUUUCACAUCAACUUCUCGGCGUCAUGUUUGUUGUUGUUGUUGUUUUUUUUUUUUUUUUUCAAAUCACCGGCUGGCUUAUUUAAUAUUUAAUCUACUGACAUACAAUAGAAACCACUCCUCCUAUUCACCGCUUUUGUUCGUCAGCUCCUUUUGUGAAGCAGUUUCACUCUCGUGUCGCUUGUUGAAUUUUCCGCCCGCGCCCAGUCACAUGUUCCGCCGCCACUUCUCCCUGUAGAGUUCAAGUGUAAAUAUGUCAAAGAUAAAAAUAAAAACUUACUGUUUGUGUGUGUGUUAAAGUUUUCAGUGUGACUAGUUCCUUUUAAGCGGACAAGAGAAAGAAAAAUAAGAGCAACUGAAUAAAUGCCAGUUUUUUUCUUUG